CUCUGUCUUAUCCUUCAUGCACGUUCCAUUCGCGGGCGUGUAACUUUCGUAAAUGACUCACUUCAUUUCGUUUUAAAUUUUGUACAUUUAUGGGUUUGUCAAUGUCUUAACUUUGAAACAAAAGAUUAGUAAAAAACCAGUGUUAAAAUUUAGAUAAAUAUUAUAAAAAAAAUAUUUUUCAUUUAUUAAGGUUUUCAAAUUAGUUAUUUUCCACAAUGUCAGCCCGCAAGACAGCUGGUCGCCGUACCACAACCAAGAAACGUGCCCAGAGAGCCACUUCCAAUGUCUUUGUUAUGUUUGAUCAGGCACAGAUUGCAGAAUUUAAAGAAGCUUUCAAUAUGAUCGAUCAGAACCGAGAUGGUUUUAUUGAAAAGGAUGAUUUGCAUGACAUGCUUGCAUCUUUGGGUAAAAACCCAACUGAUGAAUAUUUGGAAGGAAUGAUGAAUGAGGCUCCAGGUCCUAUUAAUUUUACUAUGUUUUUGACCCUUUUUGGUGAACGGUUGCAAGGUACUGAUCCUGAAGAUGUUAUCAAAAAUGCAUUUGGGUGUUUUGAUGAAGACAAUACUGGUCACAUAAAUGAAGAGCGUCUACGAGAACUUUUGACAUCAAUGGGUGAUAGGUUUACUGAUGAGGAUGUUGAUGAAAUGUACCGGGAAGCACCCAUCAAAGGAGGCUCUUUUGAUUACAUUGAAUUUACACGAAUUCUUAAACACGGUGCCAAAGAUAAAGAUGAACAGUGAGAUUUUGUGGAAAGUUGGAGUUUUGUAAGGUUUUUUUCAUGUUUUAAAUAUAAAUGCAAAUUGCAAAUGCUCUUUGUAUUAUAUAAUAAUGUACUUACUCAUAUUAAAAGAUUGAUGAGUAUUUGCGAACAAUAUUUUGGUUACCAAU